UAUUACCUUCAAAGUAGACAAUAAUUGACACGAGAAUAUCUUAGGACCAAGUGUUCUGUGAGGUGUAAAUAGAUCCAGCAACCCUUAUUGGAGUUGGAGCACACUCUCCGGCUCGGCCUCCCCAAUCACUGCUCUGCUGUCCUUUCCCUUCACCCCGAUUACCUUCCCACGCACCAACUCUCUCUCUUCACUCCUCUUUCCUUCUACUGCAGCAGAAGGGGAACGGGAGAUGCACAACACAACCUUCAAAUGUAAUCUCUGCACUAAUUCUUGAAACUCCAUUUUUCUCUAAUUCUCCCCAAUCCCAUCAAUUUCUUCGGCAGCCCAUCUAAGAUCUCUGCUCUUGUUCACCUGAAAAUACUCCCAAAUCCAAGAAUCUCCACAACCAGAUCCUGGGAACCCGACAUGCGUUCUGGUUCAGUUUCCAUCUUAACCCCAAAAGAAAAGAACCCAAUGCCAAUCUCAACAAAAGAAGAAGAUGAACGUGCAAAUUCAUCCUCCGCAGCGCUGUUAUCCUUCAACAGGGACUACUCUUCCUCGGACUCUCCUCCGAAGUCGGUCACUGCUACAGUUCUGUUCGUCUCUCUCGUUAUCUCGACUUCAGUCGCUCUUUGUGCAGCCAUUGUCUUUGGCUUCUUGUUCUUCUCUGCUUCUAAUUCCUCAGCCUCAUCAGUCAAACUUGAUUCCACUGUUGAGGCCUCAAGAAGGCUCGCAAAGCUCAAAAGUCCAGUUGUUCUAUUGAUUUCCUCGGAUGGGUUCAGGUUCGGGUAUCAAUUCAAGAUUGAUACUCCGAAUAUCAAUAGAUUGAUUAAAAAUGGGACUGAAGCUGAGGUGGGAUUGAUUCCGGUGUUCCCAACGCUCACCUUCCCCAACCAUUACUCCAUUGUCACUGGAUUAUACCCUGCUUACCAUGGAAUUAUCAAUAACUAUUUCACUGAUCCUGAAUCAGGUGAUCGCUUCACUAUGCAUAGCCACGAGCCCAAGUGGUGGUUGGGAGAGCCGCUCUGGGAGACUGUGACAAAUCACGGCUUGAAGGCGUCGACCUAUUUUUGGCCAGGCUCUGAGGUAAAGAAAGGUUCUUGGGAUUGUCCUAAGGAUUAUUGUAUGUUUUAUAAUGGUUCUGUGCCUUUUGAAGAGAGGGUUGAUACUGUCUUGAAGUACUUUGAUUUGCCUAGUGAUGAGAUCCCUUCGUUCAUGACAUUGUAUUUUGAGGACCCUGAUCAUCAGGGUCACAAGGUUGGCCCUGAUGAUCCUCAAAUCACUGAAGCUGUUGCCGGGAUAGAUAAAAUGAUGGGGAGGCUGAUCCGGGGUUUGGAAGAACGAGGGGUGUUUGAGGAUGUGAAUAUCAUAAUGGUUGGUGAUCAUGGGAUGGUUGGUACUUGUGAUAAAAAACUGAUAUUUUUAGAUGAUCUUGCUAAGUGGAUUGCCAUACCAAAAGAAUGGGUUCAAUCUUACAGUCCGCUGCUUGCAAUUCGUCCACCACCUGGUUAUUUGUCAAAGGAUGUUGUGGCUAAGAUGAACGAGGGGUUGAAGUCGGGGAGUGUAAAUAAUGGUGAAUAUUUGAGAGUUUUUCUCAAGGAGGAGUUACCUGGCAGAUUGCAUUAUUCAGCAAGUGAUCGAAUCCCACCAAUUAUAGGGCUGGUGGAUGAAGGGUUCACGGUGGAGCAGAAGAGAUCAAGACGGCAAGAAUGUGGAGGAGCACACGGAUACGACAACACAUUUUUUUCCAUGAGGAGUAUCUUUAUUGCUCAUGGACCUCAAUUUGCCAGGGGCAGGAAAGUUCCAUCUUUUGAGAAUGUUCAGAUAUACAACCUGGUUACGACAAUCCUGAACAUUCAAGGAGCUCCUAAUAACGGGACAACGUCGUUCCCACAGAGCAUUCUCUUGCCUAGCCGUUGAAACUUGAAACACAACUACACGUUCAAUGAAAUGGACUUGUACUCAGAUACUAGACCUGGAUAGGACAUUAGAGGUCCAUGAUGAUGAACUUUUCCGGUUAACAGGUCUGUCGUGUAACGAUAGAUAGACGGAUAUUUUUCGUCCCUUGCUAGUUGUUUUCGCUGCCGAACUAUUAUGUAAUAUCUGCUGCAUGUAACACCUGGUGUCUGAAUAUGGAAAACGUGUGUUGUCUCUA